AGCUUGAAGUACAACCAUGUGAAUGUGUAUGCCUGUGCGGUCUUCGCUUGGUAGGAAGACAUAGAUCAUGGCGCAAGGAAGAAGAGAGAUAGGUAAGUAAAUGAAAAGUGUGUACCCCCUUCCCCCUCCCGUUGCAUCUGUAUCUGAGUUCGUUCCCGAACAGAAUGUAUGUAUGAGUUGUUUGUUCCAUUUCCUUACCUAGCUUUAGCUUUUGCUUACUUCAUCUUGGCAACUAUGCCCCUGCUUUUAAAAAAAGCAUAUUGAUGCUGUACUAUGCAUAGCUAGGGAUACUACAACUUUUUUCUGCACUCACGUCAUUUCAGCUGUGUAUGCUUCAUCAAUCAUGAUCUUGAUCAUAUUGAUUCCUGUGGCGCCGGCAAGAACUUCAAACUUUACCUGCAUAUUGGGGAGGUGAUGGAAAUGGAUAUCAAAUUGGAAGGAGAGCCAGCUGAAAAACUCAAGCUCAACGGGAAACUAAAGCAAGAUGAGGCUCUAUCUUUUCAUUUUCUUCGUGACGCUGGCAGCGUUGCCAGAUUUUUUGACCUUGUCCUUGUUACCGAACUUGAGGACCGAUGCCAUCGCUCACGUUUUCGGAUGCAGCUCCCACAGUAGUUGCGUCCAACACACGGUGCUUUUCUUCAGUGCACUCGAUACCGUGUUUUCUUAAGCCCCCCCUUAAUUCAUCUUUGAAUUGUCCUCGACCUGAAGACAAGCCUAGUCAAGGAAGUCAAGAUGGAUUAGGAUGAGCCCUAAUUUUCGUUUCUCUCCUUGUGGGUGGCACCGAUGGUGGGGAGGAUAACGGACAAACGGGGAAGAAGAGGCGUUCUGCUGUUCUUUCUGUUGAUGAACUUUCUGAAUGCGGGGAACUUGGCGCUGUUGGGGGAACGGGUUAGUUCGUCGUCAGGAGUUGGAAAUGUUCUUGGUGGAACAGCGCUCGUUUCCUCCUCUUCGCUGAUGUUAAGAGGACCACCAACAACGGCAUUACUUGGGCCUAGGUGGAUGAUCACGCAGCAAGUACUAGAGGACGAUGCGACAGAAUGGCAAAAGUGGCUAGACGAAAGCGAAAGAACCCCUUCGAGAACAACUAGUAGUUCUUCGGGCCUAACAAGCACCAGCUUACGCCAGUACGAGCAGCAGCAACAAGUGCAACAGGAUCAGGAACAUUCCUCCGAUGGUGAAGAAUACAACCAGUUGUACAUUUCUCAAAAUGGAGAUCAUGAUCUCGUCGAGAGGGGACUGAGCCACGAGCUCCACAAGAACGUCCGUAGCAGUGGAGGAGAGGAACCUUCAGGAGAGCCUCCAACAGGAGCAUUCGUCACGCUCCUCCUGUUCGUUUUCUAUUGCUCUUUUACUGCCUUCUUCAACAUGGUUGGUGCAGUCUACGGCUUUUUCGGCAUGGCACCUGUCCAGGCAAUGCUAGUGGACUUGUCAGAUGAGAAAAGUCGGCUGUCUUCAUCUGAUGCUACAAAUGCUACCAAGAACAGCAUGUUCCAAGGAGAUGAUCAAGAACCACCUGUCCUCGUUCUUCAGGGGAGGCGGUUAGUCGAGUUAGAAGAGAACCUCACUGACCGAGGCACACUGGUGAUACGAGAAAGUGAGGUUGAUCGGAUGUUUUCAAGUUGCGAUAGCAGUGGAAGUCCACAACAACCUCAACGCGAACAUUCGACUGGCACCUCAAGAACGUCUACCCCUGAACAGCAAGAUAAAGAAGACCUUGACUACAGCAGUGACGACAUGAUACCAGACGAAGAAACUGCUGUUGUCAAUGCCAACUCUAUCGCGUUGCAGAUGAGUCGCGAAGAUUUCCUAGAAGAGCAAACGGAUAAUUUCGAGGAAAACGCCUUUGAGCUAUUCAGCCGAAGUGACGAGGAGUCCUUUGCUACUGUAAAAUCAGAUGAGGAACAGGAGGAAGGUGGAAGUGCUGGGAGUGGUGUAGAAGAUGAUGAACAGCAGGUUGUUGAUGAAUCUGCACAUGCGCAGCCGCGUCGCAAAAUCGAAAAUUCUGCACCGGUUCAACGAGUAGCUGGAGAUAACUCCUUUCACAUACCUCCUGCUGACAUCGAUGACGAAAAUGAGGAUACUUCUGCUGCAGCCACAAAGAACUUUGCAAUAGCGUCUUCAGAACUGUGGAUUAAGGCAUCUUCACCUCGUGGAGAGCCGAAAUCUUCUAGAGUUGUAGUUUGUGGCACCGGAGCUGCCGACGAUGCUGGGACAGUGGAGAAAAUGAUGAAGGUUAACACGACUCUUUCGUUGGGAACAAUAAGCACGUCCUCAUCCUCAACUGCAAGCAUCGCUACAACAUCCAUUUUGUCUACGCCAGGAGGUGCUCCGACGACUUCGUCAUUGUCGACGUCUACUGGAGGAGGCGUUGGGGUGCUCACCGAUAGAGGAGGAUUUUUGUCCUCGUCUUACUUGCGUGAAGACGAAGCGAGCACAGGAGGAGGCUUUCAACUCCAAGGGGAAGGUGGUGGGCGGGGCCAUCAAGAUGUCUAUCCCAGUACAGCGUCUUCAUCUGUUUCUGCUCCAGCUGCUCCACCACCAACAACUUCCACAACGACACCUGGCGCAUCGACUACACAAGACAGAGGCGCAACUUUGACUCAGAGCUUCAAUAUAUUCGUAGCUCUGCUUUCGCUCUCCAUUUCCUUCGGCCCAGCCAUUGGCGUCUAUCUCAGUAGCGUCAGCGGAGAUGGAGUCGUCUUCCUAUUGAAGGUCAACACAGCACUGGCUGCUCUAGCCUUGUUGCUAGGCUUUGCAACGUUGCCAAGAAAAGGGGAAACAACUGCUCACUACAGUGCAACAAGUAGUACCGCAAUAAAUACUAACUCAGCAUCAGCACGUGAUGAAGUAGAUCAGAUCGUCGAAGAUGGAGAUUUUGAAAUUAUCGACAACAUUGACAUGAUCCCAGUAGUUGCAGCAUCUUCAUCUUCAACAAGCAGCGCGUCUUCAGAUUCUGGUGAAUCAAUGGGCCCUUUUCCACCAAUACAAGUAGGAGAGCAAAUGGAAGAACAAGAACCAGGACUGGAAAAUGAAGAUCAAGACGUAGUAGAGCUAGGGACUCCUCCAUCUUCACCCUCGUCUAGCAGUCUCUGGCAUCGUGGAUGGGGACGCCUCUUCGGCAGCACCAUUGCCAUUGCAAGACGCUCACGCUCUGGUUUAGAUCGCUUUGUUCGCUUUGUUCGGUUCAGAAGUCCAGUGCAAGAGUGGAAAGGUGUGAGUCGAAUUCUAAAACAUUCUCCGAUCAUCUUCUAUGCGGCUUUGUUGCGCUUUGUGCUGAGUGUAGCCAGCACAGGACUGCAGGAACAAGCCUUGUACUACUUGCAAGAGGUUGGGCAUCUGAAACCGUCAGACACUUCGAUUUUGUUCUUCUUUGUCGGGAUAAGCGGAGCGAUUGUCAGUUCUUUGGUCGCGGUUUUUCCUAG